UGUACUAUCACAAACAUUCCUUGCAAUAUUACUCUUCUACAUAUUAAAAUAUAGGAGUAGAAAAAUAACGAGUUUUCAACUUCUAGAAUGGACGAUAUAGUGAUUGGCAUUGAUCUAGGUACUACAACUUCAUGUAUUUCUGUUUAUACGAAAGGCAGAAUACGAAUCUUAGACAAUGAAAGAGGAGGAAGAGUUACACCAUCUUUCAUCUACUUUCAACCGCAAGGUGGUAUUGUUAUUGGUGAACAUGCAAAGACGAUGUCAGUUCACAAACCAGAAAAUGGAAUUUACGAAGUAAAACGGCUAUUAGGUAGAAAAUUUGAUGACACAUACAUUAAAAAAACUCUGGACUAUUUUCCCUUUUUAAUAUCAGACGUCUCUAAUCGCCCAGUGAUAACUUUUAAGCAGAAUAAUAUCAUAGUCAAGAAAACACCACAAGAAUUGUGUACAAUUAUCCUCCAAGAAUUAAAAAAAUAUGCUGAAGCAAAACUGAAUCAAACCGUAAACAAAGCUGUCAUAACCGUUCCGGCUUACUUCAACGUCACUCAACGAAAAGUCACUUUAGCAGCAGCUAAAGAUGCCGAGUUCACUGUGCUCAAACUUCUAAAUGAACCAUCAGCAGCAGCUUUAGCUUACUAUUUCGAUAAUGAUAUAACAGAAAACCAUAUUUCUUUAGUUUAUGAUUUAGGGGGCGGUACUUUCGACGUUGCAAUUCUUCAAAAAAAAACUGACAACGUGGAAGUACUAUGCGUGGGUGGAGACACACAACUAGGUGGUCACGAUUUGGAUAAUUGCAUUUUAGACUAUGUUUACGAAGUGUUACGCAAAGAUUAUCAUUACGAUGCGCAAAUGGCUCCAGAUGAUAAACGAAGAUUGCGUAAUAUGUGCGAAGAAGCGAAGAAAGAACUGUCAUCUGCUAAUGAAGCAGUAAUUACUAUAUAUGGACUGGUAGCCAAACAUCCCAAAAUCAUUAUUACUUUAACGAGGACCCUUUUUGAAGAAAAGGCCAGCAAGUUAUUCAAAAAAACUAUUGAUAUACUUCAUAACUGCUUAAUUGAUUCAAAGAUUUCCAAACAGUCAAUUCAAGAGGUAAUCUUGUGUGGUGGUUCUACACGAAUACCCAAAAUACAAGAAAUGAUUUCAAAUUACUUUGAUAAUAAACAAUUAAACAAGUCUACAAAUCCUGACGAGUGUGUAGCUGAAGGUGCAGCAUUGCAAGGUGCUAUGUUAUCAAGUAGUAAAAAACAGAAAAUUGAACAACUGAAAAUGGUCGACGUUAUUCCUCUUUCGUUAGGUUUUGAUAGUUACGGAAGUAAAAUGAAUUUUGUAAUUCGUCGAAACACAAAGAUACCAGCUAAAGGAUCAUAUUCGUAUGUAAACAGUGAAGAAAGUGCUACAUCAAGUACUGUUGGUAUAUAUGAAGGCGAGCGUGUAGAUGUAAGGAAAAACCGUUAUUUAGGAAAAUUAUCCAUUGAUGGUUUAACACCAGCACCUCCCGUACAACGACGUGUAACAUUUACGUUGAACAUUGAUUUCAAUGGGAUACUAACAGUUAAAGCUGAGGAAGCAUUAUCAAAUAACGUAAGGGAAAUGAAAGUAAAUUACACUAGAAGUGACAGGAGUGAGUUUGAAAUUAAAAAUUCUUUAGUAGAUGCAGCAGAAAACCAAAAAAUUGACGAAAAGUUCAACAAUUUUGUUAAAACUAAAACACACUUGUAUUACUAUUUGACAUGUUUUUUGUAUAACUUUAAUAAAAAGAAUGUGGGGAAGGAAUACCAGCCAAUUCAAGUAUUUUGUAAAAAAGCGAAAAAUGACUUAUCUGGCAUGGAAGUCGACCAAGAAAAUAACCUAGAAAAUCUUUAUAAAGAAGUGAAAACGAAAUGUUACGCAAUUGCCGAAAAUUACGAAUUUGAAUACAUGCCUAAAAUAUAA